AUGUAUUCAGUUCGACGUGAUUUUAAUAAUUCAUAUUAUUAUUCACAAUAUUGGACAAUGAAUUGUCAACAACAUCAUGAACAAUUCAUAUUCAAUAAUCGUCAAAUGAUUAAAGCAAAACAACAUUAUGUGUGGUCAACGAAAUUUUAUAAUAAUAAAGAUUGUUAUAUUCAAUAUCAAACAGUAAAUAAUAAUUAUGUUAAAUCUACUGAUUUAUCAUUACCUAUUUAUCGUGCACCAUGCACAUUUCAAAGUUCAUUAAUAACAGAUAGUAAAGAUGUUCAUUCAUAUGGUGUACAUCGCCGUUCACCUCUGUCAUCAUCUUCAUCUUCAUGUGUACCUGAUGUGUAUUCACCAGGUUUAACAUCAAAUGGAAAUUGUUCACCACCUCCACCAUCAUCAAAUUUACCACCACCACCAUCUGAAUGGCUCAAUUAA